UUAGCACGAUAAGAUGAGACUGCAAACAGACUCAAAGCUAUAAAUGCUGCGUGUUUCUGCAGCAAGCAUCAGUCUCACUGAGUCCCCUGAAACCAUGCUCCGCCUCAGCAGCACGCUCUUGUUGGCAGCAGCCUGUCUGCUUGUUAGCACAGGUGCGCAGAGAGUCAUCACGUGUGGGAACCACGUCCACCGGCUGAGCUGUGAAACUGGAGUGAUUCGUGUCCAGGAGUCCAUGUAUGGACGAAGAGACCGGGACACGUGCAGUGGAGAGAAAGCUGAAGAGGUGGCCAUCAAUACUGCGUGCUCUCUGGAGGGUGCUGAAGACACCAUCAGGACAAGCUGUGACGGCAAGAAGGUGUGUGAAGUAACCCCGGCCAUCUUUGCAAGAGAUCCCUGCAAUGACACCUUUAAAUACAUCCAGACCACCUACACCUGUAUACCAGCAAUUCACCUGAUAACCUGCGAGCAGUCUAUGGUCGAACUGCAGUGCGACCAGGGCCACGUCAUCCACGUGUACCAUGCUGAUUUUGGGCGCCGUGAUCCACACAUAUGCUCCUUCAGACGGGAGGCCUCACACAUGGAAAACAUCAAGUGUUCAAACCCCACUAGCAAAGUUGCUGAAAGGUGUAAUGGGAAACGCACCUGUUCUAUGAGAGCAAGCAGUGGAAUGCUUGGCGACACCUGUCCGCGUAUGUACAAAUACCUGGAGCUGACCUACAACUGUCUGAAAUCUGUAGGUGCUUGAGAGGAUUAAAGAUCCUGCAGUAACAGUAUCCUUCACUAAAUAAAAUACAUGAAAAACAA